GUGACUUUGAGACGGCGUGAGUCGCAGGAUCCGCACGGCCUCUUCCCGCCCCGCCCCCGCGCCCGUUAUGGCGGCUCUGGGCGCUGCUGCCACCGCUUCUCAGCUUCUCUGCCGGAGGAACCUUCGUGUGGUCCCUCUUCUCCGAUGUGCCCAGAGAACAUUUGCCUCCCAGACCUCGGGGGAGCUCAAAAUGACUCGUAUCCUGAAAGAGAAGUUUCCUCAGGCAGCAGCUAUCAAGGUCACAGACAUUUCAGGUGGUUGCGGGGCCAUGUAUGAAAUCCAUAUAGAGUCAGAAGAGUUUAAAAACAAGCGAAUUUUACAGCAGCACCAGAUGGUUAACAAGGCGCUAGAAGAAGAGAUUAAAGAUAUGCAUGGGCUGAGAAUAUUCACUUCGGUCCCAAAGCAUUGAAGCCUUGCUCGGGGCCUGGGCCUGCUGCUGACGUUACUGCUGGGAUGGCAUCCUGGGAGGGGACGGACGCCGUUCUUCCCAGAGCGUUUGCCCUCCAAGGUAUCCCGUAGUUUCCGGCCACCCCUCCAUGCUCUCAUGAUCAAGGAGUAUCUGGGCUGUUCGGAUAGUCACUAAAGGAAAAAGACUCCCGUGACUUUGGAAACCUCACUUUUUUGACCAAAGUCAUUGGCUCUCUCUGCUGACUGCUGACUGGGGGUUUUCCGUCCCUGGCACCUUCCAGGCCACACUCUGGUCCAGCAGAUCAGAACUGAUGUGUCCAACCCCUCGGACUCAUAGGAUGGUGUUAUUACCCAAGGGAAGGCCGCACCCCAGCUCCUUUUAAGUUCCCACCUGUUGAUUAUGGAGGGAUGCACCAAUCUAAGCUCAUUCAAUAAAACAUGGAGAUACAGAGUCGCCCCAU